ACACGAACAUUUAAUCAUUUAAGUCAUUGACAAUAUUCCUGCUUUUAUCGCCGUCUUAUGAUAAUCUGCGAAAAUUGUUAUGUGCUUAAGUUGUUCCGGUUUAAAUGUCCUACAAUGACGUUGUUUGCAACAUUGGGUUCAAUUUGAAUCGCUUGCAUUACAAUCGGAGUGCUUUGUUAAAAUAUGAUACGGUUUGAACUAUUUUGGUUGGAAAAUAGUACGUGUGGAGGUUUUGGAAUUUAACAGACAUUUAGAAGUUAAAGUAUUGAAGAUAAAAUAUUGCAAAUAUCGGGCGUAUUACAAAAAUGAAAGAAAUUAUGGAGCUCUUGUGAUAUCUUGAAGGAGAAUAUUCCACUGCCACCUGUGUCUGACUCUAUAUGUUAUUGACCGCAAAUGAAUUGAUCCUUGUGUCGCGAUGACAUUAAGAAGUGAAUCCAUUCCUGAAAAACACCGUUUUUGACCUAAACCACAUAAAUAAUGAACGGGAAACGAGGCCGGAGCAAGGAAGCCACGGUUCAAAGGUCGGAGUACAGCGAUGAUAUCCUGCGUAAUAAUCAGCGAUCCGGAAACAGGCUUAAAAUAGACAUGACGUAUUACGACCGCGCGCAGAAAGUGAUAAUGAAGGAUUUAGGCAAAGAGAGUCUAUUAUUGCAGUCAAAACUUGAAAACGACCGCAAAACUCUGUCGUUGGGUCUCUAUGGAUCGCAAUAUGUGACUUCCGGUCCCAAAUCGAGCCGACAACUGACACAGUCUAGGUCAUCAUCUUUGAUAACGUCAUCAAGUCCCUUGCGACAGACGCAGCAUUCAAUUUCUAGGACGGAAACGAAAUUUCCAUGGGAUAAAGAGAAAAACAAAGGUAGUUCUGUCGGGACUGAUGUUGCGGUUUCUGGGAUGAGUUCUUCCACCACCAAAAGUAGUGCACUUAAGCACAGCGCGUCUGCGCCGUAUGGCCUUAAUCGUCCGCCUGCAGAUGAUUUUUUAGCCAGUAUCCUGAACGAGGCUUUGAAUGACGAACUUUUGUACACUCAAAGAGUCACCGCUAGCUCGCCUAACAAGGUUGAAUCACUACCAAGCAAAAGCAGGACGUCCGCGACGUCGCAUAGGAAAACGAAGACGCCACGUCAUCGAUCCACUCCUAGCGACUCAAUAGUGAACGCUCUGGCUAACGCUGCUCUUGAGUCAGACGAAGUAAUAUACUGACCCACUGACUAAAAUUGGACAAUUUAUUUGAACCCGGUUUCAUUAUUAUCAAAACCUGAAUUGGAAGACUCUUUUAUCAUAUUAACAUAGUCAUGUAUCAGCGGAUCACUCGGAAAGGUUGUAAGUUCGAGUAUAAAUGUUACCACGCAAUAGGUGAGCGAUAGGAGAAGUAUUGUUUUCGGUGAACAAUUGUAACACGUUGUAGGGAAAAUAAAUUGGAGAAUUCAUGCGUUGGAUGACCGAACAUUACCUCGUUACAGAGGCAAUCACUCGAAGACGUGUUUCGAUCAAGAAGAAUAGUGUCAAUCAUAAAGGUAAUAAUCCUAGUGCAAUGAACAGACCGAUAAACUAGUGCGUGACAUGAGUGAACUGUUUUAGCCUUUACACGAUAUCACUACUAUUCGGAAAAGUCAAGAGCGUCUACACGAAUUGUAUGAGACAACUCUCUUAAUGUGUUCGCGAUAUCAAACCCAUCCGUGCAGCCCUCUAAAGUUAGUUAGGGCAACACGAUCAUGACAGGAAUAGUCAAUAAAUAUGUAUGAAUUAACUUUGGAACCUUCAAUGUUUAUUUGAAAUAAAUAAAAUUUACAGCAAUAGUCAAUAAAUAUGUAUGGAAGAAAUUUUUGAACUUCCAAUGUGUAUUCGAUUAAAAAGAUACAGAUAAUUAAAAAAUAUUAAAAUGAUUCAAUGAGCAAUAAUUAUCGCCACGAAGCACUCUGGGAUGCCUUAGAAACUUCAAAUGCAUUAUCGGCAUGUCUAGAAGGCAAUUUGUUUAAUUACAAGGAUCGAACGAUUUCUCAGCAAUUCAUGCUCAUGCGAAUUAGAAUAAAUCAUUGGUACGUUUUAAACGACAGCAACGAUUUUCUCUCGGAUGUCUUGACAUUAGUUGCAUUUAAUAUGAUUUUAUGGUUUGUAUUUUAUAUAUCUGAUAAUAUUUCGUGUUAACCUGUAAUAAACCUGUCCUGUUUGUAUAACUUGAAAAUGGA